AACGUAUCUUGUGUCUAAUAUGAAAGUGGAAAUGCAGUCGAGACAGUUGACUUGGGUAGAUAGGCAUAAUCACUAACACUGUCUGGGUGAGAUAGUGAAAGCAUCAUCGAGGGGCUCUCAGUGAAGCUGGAAAAGCGACUUCUGGUGGACAACCCACUACACGUAGAGGUCGCGGAGAAGAAACUCGCCGCUUCAUGCAGUACUUCACCAGCCUCAAUGUAGCUCCAGUUGACUCCGUACAGCUGCGUUUAUUGCCAGUGAUUAAACCCGGGGAAAUUAUGACUGAAAACAUCUGGGCGCGGCACACUUUAGAAGAAAAGGUUUCGCUCUACCGGAGGUCGUACGCUUUUUUGCCUUUUGUAUUUCCUUGCUGAAUGUCGUGGACAUUUUGGAUUUUUUUUAAUGUUCUGUUAUUCAUUCGUAUCAACUACGGGUCAUUUAACGCCUGUUUUCGCCUUCAUUUCGCUUGUCUGAGGAACACCUGGAAGGUAACGCUUUUAAGUGUGAAAACAGCUGGGGACAAUAAACAACUUGAGGGCGGCUUGCUGAGGGGAAUGUGCGCACUGGGCCAGCUUAGAGUUGCUCUUUAAGUGGGCAGCAUUAGCUACUUGCUAACGCUAGCCAACCCCUAUUGAACUGCCAUUGAGAAAAUCUGUGAAGCUAGCCAACACCCACUUCCAGAAGUACUUUGUGGAUAACAACAUUCCUUUCACGGCCUGAACAUUAUUAAAUGAGACGGUGACUCGACGUGAAUUGCGAUUAGCAAAUUUUUUGUUGGAUCUGUCAUUGGCCAUCCACUGGGACCAGGCGCUUGAGUCAUAAAUGACAAGUGCCUGAGGAUGUCCAAGCGGAGUUUGUUUGUUCGCCUGGUGCCGUGCCGCUGCUUGCGGGGCGAGGAGGAGACGGUAACAUCACUGGACUACUCCCACUGCAGCCUGGAAACUGUUCCCAAGGAGAUCUUUAGCUUUGAGAAGACGCUGCAGGAGCUCUACCUCGAUGCCAACCAGAUCGAGGAACUGCCUAAACAACUGUUUAACUGCCAGUUACUCAACCGACUGAGCAUGCCAGAUAAUGACCUAACAGUGCUGCCAGCAGCGAUCGCAAACCUCAUCAACCUCAGGGAGCUUGAUGUCAGCAAAAACAGUAUCCAGGAGUUUCCAGAAAACAUCAAGAAUUGCAAAGUCCUAGCUAUCUUAGAAGCAAGUGUUAAUCCCAUAUCAAAGCUCCCAGAAGGUUUCACGCAGCUUCUGAGUCUGACGCAGCUCUACCUGAACGAUGCCUUCCUGGAGUUUUUACCAGCCAGCUUUGGCAGGUUGACUAAGCUGCAGAUCCUGGAGCUGAGGGAGAACCAGUUAAAGAUGCUGCCAAAAAGCAUGCAGAAGCUCACACAGCUGGAAAGGCUGGACCUGGGGAGUAAUGAGUUCGCUGAAGUGCCUGAAGUGUUGGAGCACCUGACUGGAAUCAAGGAGCUGUGGAUGGAUGGGAACAGACUGACGUUCUUACCUGGGAUGCUGGGGAUGCUGAAACAACUGGUCUAUCUGGAUGUAUCAAAGAACAACUUAGAAAUGGUAGAUGAACAAAUCUGCGGCUGUGAGAGUCUUCAGGACUUCCUGCUUUCCAACAAUUCCCUUACGCAGCUACCUGGCUCGAUCGGCUCCUUGAAGAAGCUGACAGCACUAAAAGUGGAUGAAAACCAGCUGAUAUAUUUGCCAGACUCAAUUGGAGGGCUGACAUCUAUAGAUGAACUGGACUGCAGUUUCAAUGAGAUCGAAGCUUUGCCCUCCUCCAUCGGUCAGUGUGUCUGCAUUCGCACCUUUGCUGCAGAUCACAACUUCCUUACCCAGCUUCCCCCAGAGAUGGGCAACUGGAAGAAUGCAACUGUUCUGUUUCUACAUUCCAACAAGCUGGAGUCUUUGCCUGAGGAGAUGGGUGAGAUGCAGAAGCUCAAAGUCAUCAAUCUAAGCAACAACAAGUUAAAAAAUCUUCCCUACAGUUUCACGCAACUGAACGAACUGACUGCAAUGUGGCUGUCUGAAAACCAGUCAAAGCCCCUGAUCCCUCUCCAGAAAGAGGAGGACCGAGAGACGCACAAAACAGUGCUGACCAACUACAUGUUCCCCCAGCAAACCAGAACCGAGGACUAUAUUCCCAACUCUGAUUCUGAAAGCUUCAACCCGGCGCUCUGGGAGGAGCAACGUAAGCAGCGGGCUCAGGUGGCCUUUGAGUGUGACGAGGACAAGGAUGAGAGAGAAACACCCCUGAGGGAGGGAAACCUGAAGCGUUACCCUACACCAUACCCAGACGAGCUAAAGAACAUGGUAAAGACGGCCCAGUCGGUAGCUCACAGGCUGAAGGAGGAUGAGUCAAGUGACGAGUCCAAACCAGUAGAGAGGAACCAUGUUGGCUUGCAGAACGUGGGAGUUAAGGUGAUAGAAGCUCCCUGUCCCAAUGGUGUAGCAUCAGACGUUGAGCCCCUGUUAUCUUCCGACACCCAGAAUCCUCCUUUAACUGAAUCACAGGAGACUUCUGAGUCUCUCAAUUCCCUGAAGAUUCCUCUAAAGUCUUCAGAGGGCUCUAUGAUGAACCAUGAAGACACGCUAGAGGAUUCUGAGGAGCUAUCAGAUGAAGAAGAGGAGAUGAAAAUUGCAGAGAUGAGGCCGCCUCUGAUUGAGAUUUCCAUCAACCAGCCUAAAGUAGUGACUUUAAGUAAGGAUAAAAAAGAUGAUGGGAAAGAUGCCGACUCUUUGCUGGAUGAUACAGUUGCCAACAGCAACCAGAACAACAGUAACUGCUCAUCACCAUCACGCAUGUCUGACUCUGUGUCCCUGACCACAGACAGCAGUCAGGACAACUCUCUGUGCACGCCUGAGAGGGAGGCGAAGAUGCCUUUCCUACCAAAAAGCCGGCAAGAAGAUGAGAAUAUGAACCAGCCCAAAGACACAAACCCUCUCCUUCAUAAUGGAAAUGGCUCUGAAACGUCUCUUCAGGCCCUUUUAAAAUCUCAGCAGAUGCCGCCAGAGUAUGACCUGUCAAUGGAAGCCAGACUGGCCUUCAUUGAGAAGGGAAUAAACAACGGCGUGGGAGAUGCAUACAUCAAGUGGGACCAGAUCAAUAUGAACAUGACCAAGCUGCCAACUUACAACAUGGUCCAGCCGGAUGAAGCGGACAAAGCAAAGAACGGUUCAGUUGCUCAAGAGGAUUUAAAUACCCAGCAGGGUUUUGGCAAUGACAAUGUGGAUCAUUUGCAGAAUGGAAAUCAACAGGGAAGCGACUGCAUCAAUAGUCUGGGCAACAAAAGCCAAGCGAUGAGAGUAGAGGCGUCUGGCGUGCAUGUGGCCUCGACAGGCGUGACUGCCAGCAGUGACAUGUCUUUGUCUCGCAGCACGGAGGAGCUGUCUCCAGAGAAAAGGUGCCAUCCGCCACAGGUGAUUAAAUCUCAAAGCAUUAGCAACAUGGAAACAGGUGGCAUGAAGCUAUACGCCUUUGAUGGGGAUGACGAGUCAUGUGACUCUGUAGCAAUGACUAGAAUGGCAGGAGCCGGCCCGGGGCCAGGUACUCAGAGCCAGAACAUAGUCCGGAGCAAGUCUGCUGGUCAGUUACUCAAUGACCAGACUCUCCUGGUCUACCCCGGCUUCUCUACAUCUUCCUCAGACCUUCUGUCCUCCUCUAAGCCUCCUGCCAGCACCAGCAGAUAUCCAGUCUCCUCCAGCACGAGCAUGGGAAUUUCUUCCCCUCAGUAUAAUAUCCAGUACACAAGCAGUGCCAUGCCUAAAGAGGGGAUGUGGGCCCAGAGGCCUUCAGAGCACCAAAGCUACCUCCCCCCUCCUCCACACUCACUAGCCAACACAAAUUAUUCAAACCGCAAUCAGGCCCCUCCCUACCCUCUACAGCCCCAGCAGAGGGGGCUUCCCAUUGCUUCCAAAGGAGACUGGGCCAAGUCUCAUUCUACUGGUGGCCAUUCUAGAAGCAGCACUCUGCAGAGGCAAAGCAGCACCUCCUCCACAGCUUCCAUGGGCGAACCAAGGCGCGUGCAGGUGCACGAUGGGGACUAUAUGACAUACAGGGACAUUCACACCCUUGCAAGAGGGCCACUGGCAAUGAGCCAGGCCAUGCAGAGGCCCCUGUCAGCACGCACUUACAGCAUCGAUGCGCCCGUAGCUUCCAGGCCUCUCUGCGCCAGGCCUCAGCCCCACGAGCUUCCAGAGAGGACCAUGUCUGUGAGCGAUUUCAACUACCAGCACAGCAGCCCAAGCAAGCGGCCCAACACCAGAGUGAAGUCUGAACACUCGUUACUGGAAGGACCAGCACAGCUGUCAGGAGGAGCGGGAGCAGGGAGGGUGCCGGCAGACUGGAGAGACCACGUGAUGAGACACAUUGAGGCCAAGAAAAUGGAAAAGAACGCACUGUCUCGCUCGUAUAAUUCCAAUAACUCUCCGCUGAGCUGGUCUCACUAUGGAAGCUGUAGGGAUAUGCAUGCCAGCCAAGGGUCCCUGGUGUUUAGUGGCAGGGACGGACAUCCCUACGGAGCCAUGAGCUUCUGUGAUGAUGUUUUUGUUCCCCAAGGGCCACAAAGUUACACCAUGGACCCUCAAAGAAAAGUGCCUUUGAUGAAUGGUCAGAUGGGCCCGCCUGUUCGGCCUCAGAUGAGCCAGAGCUCCAUGGCUCGCCACCCUUCCAGAGAGCAGCUCAUCGACUACCUGAUGCUCAAAGUCUCCCAGCAGCCUCCGCGUAUCCCACACGACACGAUGCAGCAAGAGAUCCGUGUGAAAGUGGAGAAGAAUCCAGAGUUGGGUUUCAGUAUUUCAGGAGGAGUAGGAGGACGGGGAAACCCCUUUCAACCUGACGACAAUGGUAUCUUUGUGACAAGGGUCCAGCCUGAAGGACCGGCAUCCAAGAUUCUUCAGCCUGGAGAUAAAAUUAUCCAGGCAAACGGAUACAGCUUUGUGAAUAUUGAUCACGGGAACGCAGUGUCCCUCCUAAAGACGUUUCCAACCACUGUGGAUUUACUCAUCAUACGAGACGUUCAAGCAUAGACUCCACUGAUGUGACCUCCAGCAGAGUUGGGGUUUACCAUGGGCACAUGAAAGAAGAACCAAGAGAUUCAUGUUGACUGUCAUAUUUUUAUACACAGACUGAUCUGCUGACACCUGUUGGGACUAUUUGUAGUAGAAAACUUCAGAGCCUCGAUUUAACGGGGAAAACCACUGAAUGUAGUGGAUCUAAGCGAGACAGCAACAAAAACCUGAAAGUACGUGUCCCCUAAAGGCCAACACUGUGGUAUACAUAUAUAUAUAUAUAUAUAUAAAUAUAUAUAUAUAUUUUUAUACAAAGAAGCUGAAGAUAUGACACGCUUUGAUGCAAAACAUGUGGUCUCUGUACAGAUCAUGUUUUUUUUUCUCUCUUUUUAACUCAUCAACCACUGAUCAUUGGGUUUAUUCCUGCAGAUGGACUUGAAACUGACCACUGGGGGGGUGACCUCCCUUUUGUUUCUCUUCUGUCAUCCAGUUUGCCUUUUUUAUUUUUUGAACUUCUUUCAUUUCACAUGUGGAAACUGAUCUCUCGCUUGCCAGCCGAUCUUGCCCGGAGGACAGUGUUACGUGCUUUUCAUGGGGAGACGAAUGUAGAUCAAGGAGGUGAUGGUUUUUGUUUUGUUCUUCUUGCAAGAUUGAAGAGUUGCAAGGAGGAAAUGAUCUUACCCUGCUUCCAUAAACCUGUAAACAAUCCUCCAGGGCACACAAACACACCACACACCAGCUCAAUGUCAUCAUCUGGGGGUAAAAAAGGAAAACACUUCACAACUCAGAUGUUGAAGAAAUUCAUGAGAAUGUUUAUGUAAUAAGGCUGGAAAAUGGAAAAGAAAUUGAGGGAAUAGGCGGGUCGAGGUGUGGUGUGUUUUAAACUUUGGGGAAUGGUUGUUUGCUUUUUGGAAGAAAUGUUUUAAAGGGGCUGCAGAGACGCAAUAGCUCCCCUCAAACGUUUUCAGGCUUUGAGCUAAACUAUCAAAUAAUUUCAAAAUGAUUGAAAGCAGGAAAUAUGUUGGUUAUGCUAAUUAACCAAAGCAAGCAUGGGAGCAGAGGACAGAGGGUACAAGCAGGGACAAUUUAAGAAAGAUAUUUGAUUAUUUUAGUGGUGAAUCACCUUUCAGACUGCAGUCAGCGGGACAAGCUUUUCAUUAUCUAGCAGUUUAAUUUUCCACAUGGGAGAAGACCACAGGUUGCCUUUUGUGUCUUUUAGAAUAAUGAUCUUGCUUAUUACUCAUCACUUCAGAGCUUUUUUUGAUUUAUUUUCCACUGUACAGAGAAUAUAGAUGUGGGAGAGACAAACUGUCAAAGUGCCAUAGACCUUGAACUGUUUGAACAGGGGAGGACGUUUGACCCCAGAACCCGAGCAAUACUCACAUAUUCACAACCAGUUGGAGUACGUUUGCAGCAUAACGGCUUGAAAGCAAUAUUUAAAGCCUUUAUUUUCACUCACAGAACAUCAUUUUUAAACAAAACACAACCUUUUAGUAAUCCCUGAUGAUUUUACAUGGUUUUUAUAUUGUGAAAUGAACAUUUUUUUUAAUUAAAUGGCACAGGAAUUAUAUAUAUAUGGUAGUACGUAAAGGAAAAAAAAAAAACAACUCUGCAUUGUGUAAAAGUUUUUGUCUCUGCCUGAGACAUUUUACUGUCAUGUAGAGUUCAGGAUCAGUCGAUGUUCAUGUGUGAAAUUAUCAGCUUACACUGUGGGGAGAAAAUUAAUCCACUAAAGCUGCAUUCUAACAUUUAUAAAAUGCAUGAUCAGAUUUUUCUUUACUCACCCUGUUAAUAUUCAUGCAGAGGUACGGAGGUGAUGAGUCGUGCGCCAAGUUGUGGCCUCGUUUGUACCGUAUGAAUGAAAGAACAUUUUAUCCUGCAGAGUUUAACUCCACUUGUCGACAGUAGAUCGUGUCUUCUACUUUUCUGACUUAUUUCCUGCUCGUUGCACUAUCACACCAAAACGAAAACACUGUGGGGAUGAUUUAAAUUUUAACUCCUUUAAUUGAUAAAACUUUUAACGUUUUUCAACUAAAAGAUUUGUCCAUUUUUAUUUACAGGCAAAUUAAAGUGCAUUUCCUAAAACAUUUUCACACAAUAUUGUAUUUUAAACUGAUGAAAUCGUUAUUUCUUUUUAAAAUCUGUUGAUUUGUCUUUACUUGUUAAGACUUUGGGGAUGAAUUUCUGGGGUUUUGGUCACUUUUCUAUUCAUAACAAAAACAUGUCUGACAUUCUUAGACAAUCUAGGGAGAUAAUGUUUUAACUUUUCUUCAUCCAUGUUGGUUUGUUUCUUAAGCUCCCACUUUGUUUGUAUUUAUUUAGCAGACUUACGUGGAUUUUAGGCCGUACUAAUCAAAUUGUAAAUACUCUAAAAAUAUUUGAGAAAAGACUUAAUUAAGGCAUUAGUGACUUGCGAUUGUAAAACCAGCAAUAAAUUGCAAUGCAGAGGCACCUGUUUUAAUGUAUAGCUAGUAUUUCUAAAGUUUCUUUGGAAAAAGUCACAGUGGGAUCAUGAUUGAUAUGCAUUUACCCAACAUUCCAGAUUUUGUAUAUAGUUACAUGUUUCAAAAGUAACCUGUGGAAAAUAAACUAAUGCUGUUUAACAGUGA